ACACAAGGCUUCGUAUAUCUCCCAGAUCCAAAUCCGACUCUGCAGAUCGAAGCGAAACGCCAUUUCUAGGGUUUCAACCCUCGAUUCCAAUUCGCAAAGGUGUGAUUAGCGAGGACGAGCAACAUGGGAGGUGGAUUUAGGGUCCUUCAUUUGGUGAGGCCCUUCCUUUCGUUUCUGCCGGAAGUUCAGAGCGCCGAUAGGAAAGUCCCGUUCAGAGAGAAGGUCAUCUACACUGUGAUCUCGCUCUUCAUUUUCUUGGUGUGCAGUCAGCUCCCUCUGUAUGGAAUUCACUCCACUACCGGCGCGGAUCCGUUUUAUUGGAUGCGUGUUAUUCUCGCUUCCAAUCGGGGGACUGUCAUGGAGCUUGGGAUCACCCCUAUUGUCACAUCUGGGCUGGUGAUGCAGCUCCUCGCCGGGUCGAAGAUUAUUGAGGUUGACAACAAUGUGCGCGAGGACCGUGCUCUGCUAAAUGGAGCACAGAAGUUAUUGGGUAUCCUGAUAGCUAUUGGUGAGGCAGUUGCAUAUGUUCUCUCUGGCAUGUACGGUAGUGUUGGCCAACUCGGAGUAGGAAAUGCCAUCCUUAUCAUCAUCCAGCUCUGCUUUGCCGGUAUUAUUGUGAUAUGUUUGGAUGAACUUCUUCAGAAGGGAUAUGGUCUUGGCUCUGGAAUUUCUCUUUUCAUUGCUACCAAUAUCUGUGAAAACAUUAUCUGGAAGGCUUUCAGCCCUACCACCAUCAACAGUGGGCGAGGAGCUGAGUUUGAAGGUGCAGUUAUUGCCCUCUUCCAUCUAUUGAUCACUCGAACAGAUAAAGUUCGAGCACUUCGGGAGGCCUUUUACCGGCAGAAUCUUCCAAAUGUGACCAAUCUGCUCGCAACAGUCUUGAUCUUCCUUAUAGUCAUCUACUUCCAAGGGUUCCGUGUGGUUCUGCCUGUCAGAUCCAAGAAUGCCCGUGGACAGCAGGGUUCUUAUCCUAUCAAGCUAUUUUAUACAUCCAACAUGCCCAUCAUUUUGCAGUCUGCACUUGUCUCCAACCUUUACUUCAUCUCACAGUUGCUAUACAGGAGGUACAGCGGAAAUUUCCUUGUGAAUCUUUUGGGUAAAUGGAAGGAAUCUGAGUACUCAGGUGGACAAUUCGUUCCUGUAGGUGGUCUAGCAUACUACAUCACAGCACCUUCAAGCUUAGCUGAUAUGGCAGCCAAUCCUUUUCAUGCACUCUUCUAUCUAGUAUUUAUGUUGUCAGCAUGUGCCCUUUUCUCAAAGACAUGGAUUGAAGUUUCUGGAUCCUCUGCCAAGGAUGUUGCCAAGCAGCUCAAGGAACAACAAAUGGUGAUGCCCGGGCACCGUGAGUCAAACUUGCAGAAGGAGCUAAACCGCUACAUUCCCACAGCUGCAGCUUUUGGAGGCAUGUGCAUUGGUGCAUUGACAGUGUUGGCUGAUUUCAUGGGUGCAAUUGGUUCUGGAACAGGGAUCCUGCUUGCAGUGACCAUCAUCUAUCAGUACUUCGAGACAUUCGAGAAAGAGAGAGCCAGUGAGCUCGGUUUCUUUGGUUUCUAAGUGUUUGUUGCUGCUAAAUGGUUAGUUGUGCCAAUGACAAUUUUGGUGUGUUGAGAGAUGUAAGUAGGUUUAACAGCAAAGUUCAAGAUAUUAGGCUAGUCUCUUAUCACUCCUGUCCUUAGAAUACCAAGCAAUGAAAUCCUCUAAAAAAAAAAUAGUGUUAUAUGGUUGUUUUCCGCUUUCUUUUCCCCCCACUCCUGGUUCAUUGUCAAGUACCAUUUGGAUCUAUGUAACACUAUCAGGUCCUAUGGAUCUUUAUAAGUUUUAUCUUUUUUAAGGACCCCUUUAAAGGAACUGACCAUGAUUCUUUUGUUUUUGUUAUAUGAUUCGUUAUUUACUU